CAGCGGAGGGGGUACAUAUCUUUGUCUCUUGCAAUUUCUCAAUCCCUCUCUAACCCCCCUGACACAUUUUGUGCAACAUCAACAACACAUGUAGCCUGAUGAAAAACAUGGACUUUUACUGGACUUUUUAGACCAAAGAUAACAGCAUACAAGAGGAGCUGAUGACUUUGAGACAACCUCCUGACUAGUUGUUCAGAGUGCAUAAAAAAUAAACCUGUGUAACUUUGUAAAUAUUAUUGUUACUAAAAAGUUGAGGCAAAAUGGAUCUUACAGCCAAACAUGGGCUGGUGCUCCUCGACCAGCUGAGGAAGAUGAGGGAGACCGAGCAUCUGACAGAUGUGGUGCUGGUUGCUGAGGGCAUCAGCUUUCCCUGUCACCGGGUCGUUCUAGCUGCCUUCAGCCCGUACUUCCGUGUCAUGUUCACAUGCGGCCUGCGUGAGUGCAACAACAGAGAAAUAUUCCUGCGCGACACUCCUGCAGACAGCCUGGCCCUCCUCUUGAACUACAUGUACUGCUCAGAUCUUCCUCUCACCAACGCCAAUGUGCAAGGCAUCUCUAUUGCAGCCUUUCUCCUGCAGAUGGAUGACGUUUUCACCCGUUGUCAGCAGCACAUGACCGAGAACAUGGAUGCCUCCAACUGCCUUGGUGUGUAUUACUUUGCCCGUGACCUCGGUGCAGAGGACCUGGCUGACCGUGCUCAGCGCUUCCUGAGGCAGCACUUUGUCCAAGUCUGCCAAAAUGAGGAGGUCCUGGACCUGGAGGCCCAUCAGCUGGGGAAGCUCCUGACUUCUGAUGACCUUAAUGUUUCACGAGAAGAGACCAUCCUGGAUGUGGUCCUCCGCUGGGUCAAACACAGUCCUCUGAUGGAAGGAGAGGUCCGUACUCUGCACCUCCCAGAGCUCCUGAGGAAGGUCCGUCUGCCAUUGAUUAACCCUGACUAUUUGAGAGAGGCAAUGAAGAGGAACAUGGCCCUGCUGUCCGAUGCUGAAUGUCUAGAGAUGCUCAGUGAAGCCUUGGAGGCCACCACGAUGCAUCCCUCAGCUGCACCACGCAAACUAAAGCUGCGUUACGGCAUGGAGACCACAGAUCUGCUGCUCUGUGUCGGCAACGACAGUGGUGGGAUUAGGUCAAGAUAUGGCAGCUAUACUGAGCGCAGCUUUUGCUAUGCUCCAUCCACAGGCCGAACCUACUAUAUCACUUCACCUCGCUAUGGCGAGGCUCUGGGGUACGUGUGUGCCGGGGUUGUAACUGAAAGAAAUGACAUUAUAGUGGCAGGAGAGGCAAGUGCACGCAGAAUGGCCCGACAGAAGGACAUGCAUGUUGAGAUUUACAGGUACAAAGUAGAGGCCCAAGGAAGCUGGGAGCGUCUGACGUCAGCAGAGUACCGUGAUUCAUUCGCUCUGGGGUCACUGGGUGACACUCUGUACCUGCUGGGUGGGCAGAUGAAGCUGAAGAACCAGUUUCUCAUCACUAACUGUGUGGAGCGAUGGUCUCUGCAAGGUGGACCCUGGCGCAGUGCAGCACCCCUGCCUAUGCCUUUAGCCUAUCACAUCGCGGUCAGAAUGAAAGAUCGCCUUUAUGUGAUGGGUGGUCGAACACCACAGUCAUACCGGAUGGAUGAUGAGCCUGACCGUCUUAGUAACCGCCUCCUGGAGUAUGAUCCAAACACAAAUAAGUGGACAGAGUUAGGUCCCAUGAAGUACUCUAAGUACCGCUGCAGUGCUGUUGUACUCAACGGUGAAAUUUUUGUGAUGGGAGGUAUUGGAUGUGAGGGCGUGGACCGUGGGCAGUCACGCCACUGCCUCGAUGCUGUGGAGAUCUACAACCCAGAUGGAGACUACUGGAGGGAUGGACCUCCUCUCCCAUGUGCACAACUCUCACUGCGCACCAAUGCCCCUAACGCAGGAGUGGUGGGAGGGAAGAUUUAUGUGUGUGGAUACUACAAAGGAGCAGAUCGUCAUGAUGAUAUAACAAAGGACAUUUUGGAGCUGGACCCGUGGGAAAACCGGUGGACAGUGGUGGCUCGGCGUGCUCUGAUGCAUGACAAUUAUGACGCCUGCUUAGUGGCAAAUCUCAAUCCAAGGGGACUCAUGUUCCCACCUGCAGACUUAGUUAAACUGUGACACCCCUGUCAGAUCAGAUCAAAGUCUGUUUGGGAGAAUUAGUGAAAGAAAUUAAUUAUUAAUCAUCAAUGCACUUAUAGCUGGGCCAAAGGCAUUAAUUUUUUCAAGCAGAAAAGGUCUUAGUGCCCUGCAUGAAAGAGGAUCUGCAGUUAUUCAUUUGCACGCUGUUAGAAUGAGGAUAGAUCAUUUGUAAAUACAGUAUUUUUGUUGUUAUUUUUUUUAUCUUAGUGCAUAACAUCUGCAGAGAUUGAUCACCUGAAACCUGCAGCUGUGUGGCGCAUAGCAUCAUCAGCAACACCAGGAAAUGAUUUCCUUUGACAUUAAACAGACAUAAAUUAUGGUUAUCUAACAAUUAUCUUCUUGUGGACUAAUCUGUAGAUUAUUUUCUCAAUUAAUUGUUUAGUCUGUCAUGUUUUACUGUCAAACAUGACAAAGAAAAACAGCAAAUCGUCACAUUGGAGAAGCUGGAACCAGAAGAUUUGUGGUAUUUUUGCUUGAAAAAUGACUUAACAAUCAUUAAAAUAGUUGCAGAUUAAUAAAAAAUAAUAAUACAAAUUAAACCAAAAUGUGGCUAAAGUAUUUGGUCUGUUAUUACAGGGUAAAUAUUAAUGGCUACAGUAAAGUGAUAUUGGCAGACUUAGUACAUAGCCAAUAUAAAAAUUGAAUAUUUUAUAUUGUACUAAUCAAUUUCUUUGUUUGUAUUGUGGUAUGCUUGCUAAAGCAGAAUAAAACUGUUUUUCUGCUAAUAAACAUGCACCUUAGCGAUA